GUUGGAUGCCAGGCUAUGGCUGUCGCUGGGAACGCGGGGGGAAGAUCAAGACUUAAAAGAUGUCAUCUUCCCACUUCGUUCACACCAUACACAUCUGAUUUCUUUUUCUAGCCUUGUCAUGGAGUUGCGGUAGAUAUUUGGGGCCACCUUCUACCGUCACCGCUUCGUUCGACUUCGGAAUAUCACCUGCAGUGUAUGACGAAACUAACAUGUCGCCGGCUUUAUAUCCCCGUACGGCAAAUGAUGCGUUCGAUGCACAACUAGAUUCUCCACCAGAAUCAAGGGAGGCUGCCACUACCGGAACCACAAUGGAACCGUGGUUAAUAAUCGUCAUCGUCGUUGGAGCUCUCAUCUUAACAUCGCUAUUUGUCUUCCUGUUAAUCCACUUCACGAGAAAACGACGACGCACCGUACAUCAUGUCUAUCAAGACCCAUUCGGUCGGAAAGAUCGCCAUAGACGGAAUAUGAGCGAGACAGAUCGCCAGGCGGCGGAGGAAAUAGAACGGGCUGCGAUGAUACGAAAGUCACUAGCCAGUCGGACAUCUUCGUGGGGUGGGAACAGCUUAAGAUAUUCGGGGAUAUCGGAUUAUCAGAUGGACGAGUUUGGCCGGCAAUCGCAAGAGGAACAUCAACCCAUGGCGCCGAUGAUGCCGCCGAGGGAGAACUGGAAGGAAUUGGAAGCAGGGACUCAAGGAUCGGGAGUAACACCUGGGGUACAUAAUACAGAGAUGGGAAUCCAUCCGGCGCUUCUACCACAACCUCAGUUGGCGUUUCCACAGCCGUCAAGAGGACCGUCGCCGAAUCGAGGGCCGCAACCACCACGAUUAAUCAUUCCUUCAUAACUGGAAUACGAGUUCUUAUUUCGAAUUUCGAAUAGUCACACUACUUCUCAUUAUUUUCGAAUUAUCCGGGUAUAGAUAACACUGCAAGGACUAGGGAUUUCAUUUAAUUGAUACCACAGGGAGCAUCGCAUCGGCGUUGGAGGAUUGCAACAAGGCUACCGUACAAUUAGUUAUAGGAUCUAUGAUAAUGAUUAAAGCUUUAAGUGAUAUCUGUACUGUACUCUGUUGAGGUGGGAAUUUGAAUGAUUUUGCUGCUUUUCGGCGCACAGACC